UCAACGUUAUAUAUUUGUCAAAGACAUAUAACAGAACAUCAACAAUAAUGGGAGGAAAGAAUUUCCUAAGGAUGAUGACAGAUCAAACUGCAUCAGAAGCAGCAACCAAAAUGAUCAGCUCAGACUGGAACGAACUCGGAGAUGCAACUAAGAAUCUUGCAACUCAUGUGAUCGCCCUUGGUUACAGUGGUGGUUUCAUUACCACUGUCCUUCAAUGUUUCGCAUGUAUAGCUGCCAUAUAUUUGUUGGUAAUAGAUCGAACAAACUGGAGGACAAAGAUGCUUACUACACUUCUUGUUCCUUAUAUCUUUUUGACGUUUCCUAAUUGGCUUUUCGACACUUUGAGAGGAGAUAUUGGCAAAUGGAUCACUUUCGUUGGAGUCGUAUUGCGUCUUUUCUUCCCUGAAUAUUUUAAAGAAUAUAUGUUGUUGCCGGGUGCUUUGAUCCUCUUGGUUGUGAUAGCACCAAGCUUGAUCGCUUAUUAUGUCAGAGACGGGUGGAUAGGAGUGGGUAUUUGCCUUGCUAUUGGAUGCUAUCUGCUCCAAGAACAUAUCAGAGCUUCUGGAGGUUUUAGGAAUGCUUUCACAAAAGCAAAUGGUAUUUCAAAUACUAUUGGUAUUGUGCUCUUGUUUGUGUUUCCAGUCUGGGCUUUGAUCGGGUUCCUAUGAUGGAACGGCGAUCCUUGUAAGUGUGAGAUGUUUUUUGCUUUAUGUACUCAUUAUCAUUGUGAAUCCUUUGAUCGAUAUGUGUAUUGAGAUUCCAUAAGUAAUCAUGUAAUUUGAGACUUUUACUUCAUGUAAGUUAAUAAGCUUGGUUCAAGAA